AUGGCAGACAACGCCUCUUCGGACCUGCCUGGCCCCGGCCGGCUAGCACUUACAAUGUUUGCUCUUUUCAUGGGCAUGUUCACUGCCAACCUCGACUCAACGAUUCUCGCCACCGCUAUUCCUUAUAUCACCAACGAAUUUCAUAGUAUCGACGAUAUUGGUUGGUACGGUUCGGCCACAUUCUUGACAUUUGCUGGCUUCCAAACGACCUGGGGAAAAUUUUUCAAAUACUUCAAUCUAAAAUGGUCCUACCUUUUUGCCUUGUUCAUUUUUGAGCUGGGUAGUCUUAUUUGUGCUGUUGCUCCUAACAGUGUGGCUUUGAUUGUCGGCCGCGCGAUUGCUGGCAUCGGAGGCGCAGGUCUCUGUACGGGUACCUUUGUCAUCAUUGGGUAUACCGUCACCCCGGAGCGUCAGCCUACUUUUAUGGGUGUCAUGGGGGCUACCUACGCUUUGGCAUCGUUUGUCGGGCCUCUGGUGGGAGGAGCGUUCACCGAGAAAGUCACUUGGCGCUGGUGUUUCUACCUUAACUUACCUAUUGGUGGUCUGGCUGCGUUCAUUAUUGUCUUCUUUUUCAAGACUCCCAAGGGAGCAAAGCCGAUUGAAGCCACAUGGAGGGAAAAGAUUCUCCAAUUAGAUCCAAGUGGCUGUGUUCUCAUUAUCGGUGCCGUUGUCUGCUACCUCCUGGCUUUACAGUGGGGUGGUAUGCAGAAGAACUGGUCCAACAGCAGCGUGAUUGGCACUUUGAUUGGAUUUAUCCUGCUCUUCAUCGCAUUUGGCUUCAAUGAAUGGUGGCUUGGAGAGCGUGCCUCCAUCGUGCCUCGCCUGUUGCGAAAUCGCCGAAUCUUUGCCAACUGCGCUGUCGUCUUCUUCAACUCUGGCGGAUUCUUCAUUCUGAUCUAUUAUCUCCCUAUCUACUUCCAAUCCAUCCGAAAUGCGUCUCCCAUUGGCUCCGGUGUGCGGAAUCUACCCUUCCUCAUCGGCGGAAUCUUCUCUAUGAUUUCUGGUGUCAUCGUCAGUGCUACCCAGAGAUUUGUUCCGUUUAUGGCAGUCAGCGCAGCUCUCAGCGCGGUCGGAGGAGGACUUAUCUAUACAAUCACCCAGGAUACCUCGACUGGGAAGUGGGUCGGUUACCAGAUUCUGGCUGGUGCGUCGACCGGAUUUAUUUCGCAAAUUCCCAUCAUGGCGAACACGGCGUGUGUGGAUAUGGCCGACAUGAGCACCGUCUCCGCGAUGACACUCUUCUUCCAGCUCCUCGGCGGUUCAUUCUCUGUUUCUGCGGCGCAAUCUGUCUUCGGCAACACGCUUUUGCGUAGAAUCCAGGUUACUGCGCCUGAAAUAUCCCCAUCCCUUGUUCUGUCAACUGGUGCGUCCUCGCUGAGGGACAGCUUCCCGGCAUCAGCAAUGCCAGGGAUUAUGGCCGCAUAUAUGGAUGGAAUCAAGGGUGCCUUUGCAGUCGCAACAGCCAUGCUAGCUAUUAGCUUUCCAUUUGCUCUUCUGCCCAAAUGGGAGAAAUUGAGACCGGAGACGCAGGCAUUGAGUAGUCCGAAUGUAGCUGAUGAAAAAGCUCAAAGCCAUUUGGACUCAGAAAAUGACAGCAAGUCCAUUGUUUAA